AUGAGUUCUACCACUGCUCGAAUCAGUGAAAUUCUGCAAGUUUUGCAAGUGAACAAUCUCACUAUCUUGACUUUCCUCGAAGGUGUGCUAAGCAGCCGUGAACAUGAGCACUCCGCAGCUCAGGAAGACAUAAUUCGAGACGCGGAGACCAUGUGCGAAAGCCUAUAUCAACACCCGAAAACUCGAGCACAUGUUUUGUCAUGGGCAAUGGUCACAGUCAGGACUCAACUGUGCAAUGAAAUAAAGGAAUUGGCUCACGAGCGCCACGGACUCCGUUUUCGAGCAACGAGUACAACAUCUGAGCAGCUCGAGGGAACCUUUAUGAAUUUUAUCUCAGAAAAGGUGAAAUCAAAGAAUCUUACAGUCGAUGAAGACUGCGAUAUGGAGGGUGAGCAACCAGACGAAGAGGAAGAAAUGGACCUUGGGGAAUUUGGGGGGGACAGGCAGUAUCGGGCAGAUGGUGACUCGCGUCAAAAUGCGCAGCGCCGUCGUCGAGCAAAAAGGGCCGGUGAAAGGAGAGCUGCGUUAUAUCAGAUUGUCAGUUACAAGAUUUGCACCAGCAUAUUCCUGCAGAGCACCAACAAAUUCUGCAAUUACUUGCAGUGCAUCCUCGGCAUAUUUCUUCACUCGACCGGUACCCCUCAAAAGGUCAUUGAGGUCUUAGCUCACGCUGGAUUCUCAAUCAGCGUAACAACAAUCCAUCACGCCGUAAAUUCCAUGUCUCAUGAAAUUUCGUCCCGAAUCAAGCAAGCUGUCCGAUCACUGCAGUCAGCAUUCGCAUACGACAAUUUUGAUAUCAAUUUCAAGACGGCGCAACCUACCAUAGAGCGACAGAGCACAUUCGUGAGUGCUACGUAGGGGGGUGACCAAGAUUAUUAUUCGAUUGUCAUCAAACAACAACGGUAUCCAAAAGCACAGUGUCUUUCCGGAGCCAGUGGGUGAUAUGGUAAUGACAUCUUUCUUUGCAAGCUGUGCCUGAGCAGACUGAAUUUGCCAUGGGCAGGGAGUGAAGCCAAAGGUAGAUUUUACUGCAGUCCGAAUUUCCUCGACCGAAGGGAUGUUAUUGUUUGCAGACAUCCUUGCACACGACGCGUCUUCAUGUGACGCACUGUGAUUCGCGCAGUGAGACAUUUUUGGUAAGGAACACCGGUUCUCGGUGAGUACAAAUAAGAACAAACGUUCAG